UCCGGCACCGCCCCCGCGCCGCGGCCCUGGCUCGGCCCUCUCCUCGGCGGCGGAGCGCGCUUGCGCUGUUACCGGCGCUUUCGGCAGCGACGGCGUUGCCAUGUCGGCUUCCUCCUGCUCCUCCUCCUCCCCGGCCGCGCUGCGGCUGGUCACUCACCUCAUCUUUGACAUGGACGGGCUGCUGCUGGAUACUGAACGUCUCUACACAGUGGUGUUCCAAGAAAUCUGCGGGCGUUUUGGAAAGGCCUAUACCUGGGAUGUGAAAUCCUUGGUCAUGGGUAAAAAAGCCCUAGAAGGGGCACAGAUUAUGCUAGAUAUUCUAGAUCUUCCAAUAACCAAAGAAGAGUUAUUACGUGAAAGUAAGAUGAAGCAGGAGAGAAUAUUCCAUACUGCUGAACUGAUGCCAGGGGUUGAUAAGCUGAUCCGUCAUUUACACAAACACAGGAUACCCAUUGCUGUUGCCACUAGCUCAUCCGAGGAGACAUUUCAGAUGAAAACUGCCAGACACAAAGAGUUCUUUGGUCUUUUUCAUCAUAUUGUGUUGGGAGAUGACCCUGAGGUGAAGCAUGGCAAGCCGCAGCCUGACGCAUUUCUAGUUUGUGCAAAGAGAUUUGACCCUCCUGCACCUCCCGAGAAGUGUCUUGUGUUUGAAGACUCACCACUUGGAGUCAAAGGAGCACUGGCAGCGGGAAUGCAAGUGGUUAUGAUUCCAGAUGAAAAUUUAAAUCCAGAUCUUAAAAAGGAAGCAACUCUGGUGCUGAACUCUAUGGAGGACUUCAAACCAGAACUGUUUGGUUUACCGGCGUAUGAUUAAUGCCUAAAGUCUACGAACAUGCAGUUGACUAGAGAUCAGGAAAGUGGAAUGAAAUCUUGUUAAGAUUUUAUGAUUGUUUUGCACCUUUCCCUCCAGUCCUCAAAACUGGACCAUGGAAAUCCUGUUAACACCAAGUCUUCCACACUGCUGUUAAAGUUGACUGGAACGUUUAUCAUUUGUCCUCCAUGAUGAAUGCUAAGUUAAAACAGUAUUUCUUCUUGUGAAGUGAAUCCAGCUUUGUUCUAUGCACAUCAUAAUGUCUUCUGGGAAUGCUAUGAAACUAUUUAGUUAAUCUAUUAAAACUGCACUUGAAGUUUCCUGUUCUGUUUCCACUUGAAUGACUUGUUGUUUAGCUCUUAACCAGAAAUCUGUUCUGGGCUGGCUGUUGUCCCAUUACAUAGUUUUUCAUCCAGUUAUUGCUAUCAACAUGUUUAUCCUUUUUCUCUUCCUAAUCUUGCCCAUGUACUCCCUCUUGUAUCCCCUUGUCUUUUUUUUUUUUUUUUCCAGUUUUGUUGUUGUUGUUGUACUUUCUGUGUUUUCUUGUUUCAUUUUCUUGUUGGGGGUUGAACGAGAUGACUUCCAGAGGCCCCUUAAAACCUACAUUAUUCUGUAAUUCUGUGCUUAUCUUUUCUGUCAUGGCGAAUGCCUGAAAGGAGCUAUACAAGGUUAUGCGAUCCUACGCUUUAACCAAAGCACUUUGCAUUCUUUGUUGUCUUUAUGUUCUUCUUCUUUUCCAUUUUGCCGUGUUGCCUUUCAUGCCUGUGAAAUGAAUCCAUCUUCUCUCCCUGUUUUCUUUCUGAUGAAGUUUCUGAUAAUGCUUUAACUCCCUGACAUUUAAGUUCCUUUUCUGUCUGUUUUUAGCAAAAGUUAUAGUUUACUUAAGUGCCUUAAAUUUAUUUUGCCCAGCUACCAUAAUUUCCACAAAUAUUUUAUCUUGUAACCUUUCCUUCUUAACUGUCUUUUUCUAGCAGCUCAUCAGGACAAGUGUGAGGGUGUUUUUAGAAAAUACUCAACGUGUUGAUAGGUUUUGGUGGAGUCCACAUGUAUAUAUGUAUUGUAUAGUGCAAGUAAUGGAAAUAAGACUUCUCUGAACUCAUUGUAGGUUUUUAAUAUUGUGUGUUUAUCUAUGGUCAUCCUAACAAAAGAUAAAUUAUGUAUGAGAAGGGUCAAGUGGCCAGUAUCCAUGCCUUUUUAAGAUUGAGCUACUGUAAGAUAGCACAUAAUAACUUCAUUAAUUCUUUAAUUUCCAGGUAAAAUAAUUUUCAGACACAUCUGGUGUUUACUAUUUCAGGUGGAAGGUUGUUUUGAUCAGGAACAAAAAUAAAUGAAUCUUACAUGCUUCAGUAUUCUG